UGAAAAAAGCCAGGACGUGCUAUAGCUGCUUGGUUUCUAAAUGCAUUUUUAAUAGUAGAGUGUUAUUGAGAAGACACACCGUUUAUGAAGGCACAGCUCAAAAACAAUCCUUAUGAGUGAUCAUCCAAUGACAAAAGGGAUUUACAUGGCAUCACAUGUGUAAAUUGUCCUUUCUGUGUCCUAUAAACAUGUUUUAUCUGGAUACUGCUAAUGUUACCAUCAUUAGGCUAGCUCAAUUUUAAGCUACCAUGUGGUGAAUAAACCCCUAAACAACAUUUGUAUGUUUUUAUUAACAUCAGUUAAAGUGUGUAGUAUGACAAAUAACUUUGUCUUAAAAGACUAGAGGUGAGUAGGUCUUGAAUUAACCUAUAUUUCGUCAACACUUCAGGAACAUAACCAUUAACUCUGUUAAGCAGCGGGCAAACGCCCUUUGACGUUUCUCACAGGCCUCAGUCUGACACGUGGAGGGCUUUAGGACCCCGCGGUGCAGCGCUUAUCUGGACCUUUAAGAAGAUACAAUGGCAGCUUUUACCUGCGCGCGACUGACCGUGCGACCGUAAGCAUUCAAGCUAACCCUAACCGACAGCAUAAUCGUGACACCACGGUACACAUGUUGCGCUGCUGUCCCCGGUAGUCGCGUUGGGUUCGGGUCCAGUGAUCGCGGGAAGCGGCGGCUCAUCUCUCAGCUCGCGGAUGGAGCACAUCCGACUACCGAAGGUGGAGAAGGUCAGGCUGCUUGACAGAGCCUCCCCGAGAAGAAGUAGGGUGGGCACCCUCUACCUGACGGCCACGCACACCAUCUUCGUAGAGAACGAAGCAGCAGUGCGCAGUGAAACCUGGGUGCUUCACAGCUUGGUGUGCAGCGUGGAGAAACAAGCCGCCACAGCCUCGGGAUGUUCUCUGCUCGUUCGCUGCAAGAACUUCCAGGUUCUUCACUUUGUCGUACCUCGGGAGCGGGAGUGCCACGAUGUUCACUUGUCCCUGCAGCGUCUCUCCCAGCCAGAGCGUUGCGAGGAGCUGUAUUGUUUCUCCUACAAACCCAACGUAGAUGAGGAGGAGAGACGGCAGGAAUGGGAGUUUUUGGACCUCAAGGCUGAUUACAGCAGAAUGGGACUGCCAAACUCCCUGUGGAAACUCUCCCCUGUCAACCAACACUACAAGGUGAGCGACACGUACCCUGCUGACCUGUUCGUGCCUCAGUCGGCCACGCCUCCGGUCAUAGUGGGCAGCUCAAAGUUCAGGAGCAGGGGCAGAUUUCCUACUCUAUCGUACUACUCCAAAGAAAACCAUGCCGCCAUCUGCCGGAGCAGCCAGCCCCUGUCUGGCUUCAGCGCUCGCUGCCUGGAGGAUGAGCAAAUGCUGGAGGCCAUCUUGAGGUCCAAUCCCCGCAGCGACUUCAUGUAUGUGGUGGACACCAGGCCUAAGCUGAAUGCAAUCGCGAACCGAGCUGCAGGAAAAGGCUACGAAAACGAGGACAACUACUCCAACAUCAAAUUCCAGUUCAUUGGCAUCGAGAACAUCCACGUGAUGAGAAACAGCCAGCAAAAGAUGCUGGAAGCGUGUGAGCUGCGUUCCCCCUCCAUGUCCGACUUCCUGGAAGGUCUGGAGAGCUCAGGCUGGCUGAAGCACAUCAAAGCUGUUUUGGAUGCAGGCAUCUUCAUCGCUAAGGCUAUCGCAGAGGAGGGGGUCAGUGUACUGGUUCACUGUUCAGACGGUUGGGAUCGCACUGCUCAGGUGUGUUCAGUGGCCUGUGUGCUGCUGGAUCCUCACUACCGGACCCUCAGAGGAUUCAUGGUUCUCAUAGAGAGAGACUGGAUUUCAUUUGGACACAAGUUCUCUCACAGAUGCAACCACCUCGUGGGGGACCCUAAAGAGAUGUCCCCCGUCAUCGAUCAGUUCCUGGAGUGCGCCUGGCAGAUCAUGGAGCAGUUUCCCUGUGCCUUUGAGUUCAACGCAAGGUUCCUCAUCACCAUUCACAGCCACGUCUACUCCUGCCAGUACGGCAACUUCAUUGGCAACAAUCAGCGGGAGAGGAUAGCGCUGGGAUUGCGUGAGAGGACUCACUCUCUGUGGAGCUAUCUGUGGAAGAACAAGGCCGACUACAUGAACCCUCUGUACCGACCAGACCACAGGCAGACCCAGGGCCUCCUCCGGCCCUCUACUGCCCCCUACUGCUUUAAGUCUUGGAGAGGGUUGUACAAUCGCUUUGACCAAGGGAUGCAUCCUCGACAGUCUGUAGAGGAUUAUCUGAGUGCCAUCCAGGAGGAGACGCAGCAGCUGGAGGAGCAGCUGGCUUCACACCAACGGAAAAUUGCUCAGCUGGAGCAGGAGGGGAGUGUUACCUGGGGCGCCGUGGCCUUUGAUCAGAGCCCCACAGCGUGGGCUCUUGGUAGUGACAUGGGUCUGGCCAACACUCCUCAGGACUACGCCGGGGGCUUCGUCACCAGCAGCCCCUGUCAGCCGAAAGCGCCAGACGGCAGCCUCCUCCUUCUGACCCAUGACUGCAACCUCUCCAACGGCAGCGACCAGGAGUCGGGGAUCGCCGACGUGAGCUGUCUCUCACCCCUCAGCGAGGACAGCGCCAGGGACCCGGACUCUGACGAGGCCGCCUACUCGGCCGCCUGAGGCAAAUGUAGCGUUUGGUGGAAGGUGUAGCAGCGACCAGACAGCCACUGUGCCACCUAUCAGACCUUCACAUUCCACAUGUAAUCCAGCUAUUUGCUUACUCCAGUGAAAAGUCUUAUUUGAGAGACACAAGUAACUUGCACUUUUUUUUCACAUGGGCUCCCCCUGUUGUCACACACAUACGAGUUGAUAGUUGUUUACUGUAGCUCUCACUUAUUUCGCUGAGGAGCAAAGCUGGAUGUCGCUUUCUUUCAUGCCUGUUGUUAAAGGCCGAGUUGACCCUUGAGAGUGUGCACACAACACACGUUUCUUAUUUAAUCAAGAAUGACUUACGAAGAACAAUGAACAAUUCAAUACACUUUAAUGUGUCUUGUGUAUAGGAAUUUGGCUUUACAAUCAUGUGAACAUAAGACUUAAAACACAAAAAUAACCAUUUUUGUGCGUAAAGAUGGCAGCGAGCGAAAUUACAAUAAGAGAGUUGAAACAAUUCAGAGCAUUCAGAGUGACGCGUGUAAAAAACAUUGUAAUCACUGCUACUCUGUAGUGGUUUUUUUAACCCCAAUGGACAUUUAUAGUGGGCACAUAGCUGGGGUUUGUAGUUAUCACACUACACUGACCUAGUGGGUAGUUGUGGUUGAUUGACACCUUGGGGUCAGAACACCUGGACCGUUCAACUUGACACACACACGUCUUUGCUUUUAAAUGUUAUUGAAUAAGCAACUCAUUACAUUUCUGUCCACAAUAUUUCAACACCAGAUUUGCUGUGAUCAAUUUAAACAUAUUACCAAAGGGAAUGCACCCUCAGCUUGUAUGAGAAGUGAUGCCACUAUGGAUGACUGAACAAUUAGACUAGAGCAUGUGAACAGAAAUGCAUUGCUGCUUUAGUGCAGCAGAUAAGUGACUGACGUUUAGAUUAUUUACUCCAUCUCAACUGUAACGCUAUCAUUGAAACAGAACACUAAUACACAUAAGGUGCACUUCAAAACUGUAAUUGAACAAGACCAAGCUUAGCAAGCAAAGCAUGUGAAGAUAUUUUUUUAUUAUGAUGUAUGUUUUUGACUACUUGCUUCAAUGCAUGUUGUUUUUGUUUGUGUGAAAGGGACUACAAUGUCUUAUAAAGAAUUUUGACUCAGUGUAAAAGAGAGAUUGAUAUUGCUGCGUUUAUGUGUUCGUGGGAAAAGAGCCAAAUUUGUCAAACUUAUCUUAAUGCUAAGUUGUGUCAAUUUUCAUUUGAAAUAAAUAAUUGUCAAUAAUCAUUGUGUUCCUAGGCAAUCAUAUCCGUUCACCCAGAAAAAAAAUAAAACAUAGGUGUGAUGAA